AUGGUUGUCCACUUUUUACUGGAUUCGGCCAUUUUCGACCGUCCAAAGAUUGAGAGUUCGUGUGGUCUCGAUCAUUUGACUCAUCCGACUCAUCCGCCUGCUCAUCUUGUUCCGUCACAGCUGGCGGUAUUCUUUUUUUCGCUUUUGGCAAGCUCCAGUAGCUACGGUCACCUGGUUGAGACUGAUCUUGAAGAGAGAGUUGGCACCCGAUUGAUAGACCUCGUCACCUACAAUAACGCAUAUAUGGGUCUUGAUGGAGUGGAUGAUAUGGGAUCACGAUAA